GUUUUUACCAGCCGCCUCUUGCUAUAUCCAACAUCCAACAUCCAACGACUAAUUAGCAUUUUCUUAUUUUUUUCAGAUUUCAUUAUGGCACCCGGGCCGGAACAUCCCGUCUUUGCAGAACCAGGAGACAGCACAGGUAUUUACUAUAUAAUCGUUGCGGGAUUGCCUUGGAACUGCUCCUGGCAAGAAUUGAAAGACUUUGCAAGACACCUUCCUGGUGGCUCUAAGAUCAACGUCGAUCAUGUUGUUGUGUACAAAGGACUAACGAACGGCUGGGUUCGGGUGAAGGACAAGAAAAGUUUCAAGAAGGCACUCGGUAUGUGAUGAUCACUACACAACAUGGGGUCUUAUGUCGCUGAUGAAGAACUUUAGAACAUUUGGAUGGGGGAGUCUUAAAUGGACAUGCUCUCCUCGCGGAUGGACGCAAUGAAACCGAGAGAACUAUGCUUCGCUCAAUCGGUUCUCCACCCUCAAACACUCAGAAAUGUCGAGCAUCAAAUCACAUACAGGCAAAAACAGAAAUCUCGCCAAAGGUUACAAAGACCUUCCCAUCUACUGAGACUGAACUAUUCAGUCUCUUUAAAUCCUACUUUCCUCAACAUACGCCCCCAGGAACCUUUGCCAGCGAUCCUUACUACUAUACACCCGAACAAUCUCCUUUCAUGACACCCGUCUCCCCCACUCAACCCGUGAUAUCUUAUAUACCUCUGGGGCCAACCUAUCCUCACUGCCCACCCACGCCUGCAGCAAUCUACUACCCACUCUGCCCUCCUACUCCGGCAACCAUGUACUACUCCUGGUCUCCUCCAAGUCUCCAAUCCGAAGCAUUGCCACAAAAAGUCGUCAUCAAAAAACUCCCUGCCGGAACUGACGAGGCCUCCCUUCAACGGCUUCUCUACUGCGUUCUACCACAUCAAUGCGGAACCCCACAAUCCAUCGAAAUUCCACGAAGCUGUCGAGAAGCAAGCAGGGUCCACGCCUUCAUCACAUUCAGCGAUCAAGCCGCCGCUCAAUAUGCCAUUGAUGCGCUGAACGGCCUUCAAUACUCGAACCGAAUCCUACAAGUCUCUUUUGCGAAACCAGACCCUCCCCGUCAAAAUUCCUACAAAAGACAGAGUGGCAACGAUGCUGUGAAAAUAACAUCUGACUUGAGCUCCACCCCCAGAAGUAGGGUGGAUGUGGGUGGGGCCUUGGACCUCAGUGAGGAUAAUGAGAAGCUGGAGAAGUCUAUCAAGAGGGAUGUAGGGAGUGCGACGCCGAUGAUCGUUAAUGGGUCAACGGCAUCUUGUAAAAAGAGGAGAAAGGUUUGAACCUUUGGAGUCGGGUUGUUUGUUUUGAUGAUGUCUUUUGAAUAGAUACCCGUUGGUUGCGGAUUUGCUGUUACUCUUUCAAGAAUUUGGAUUGAAAAGUUCAUGGGUGGUUGAUUUUGUUGGAAGUUUGCGUUUUGGACUUUUGCUGAGGAAUGGGGGGUUGGGCUGGGACUGGAUAAUUGAGGUUGAGAGCGAAAACAAUUUUUUUAGAUAGAACAUAGAUAGCUAAUGAUAAUGAG